AUUUGCCAGAUCAUGGGUCGGGUAAUUACUUGUACUGCUACAAACCAUACGAUCAACAUGGCGGACAACAAAACUGUCUGGAUUCAGGAUGACCGAAUUCGGCAAUUGAUUAGAGAUUACAUGUUAUUUUGUCCUAAUCAAGACGUGUGCCUUGGGCCGGAGAUGAUAAAUAUUGUGAGUGUUACUACAACCCAGAAAAUGGCGUGUUCAGAAUGCAGUUGUAGAGAGGAUUGCUACCGGAAGUCCAAUUGCUGCCCUUCUGUAGUUCAUUUAAACAAUACCAACGAUUCCAUAAAGGUAAAUGAUCAACUAAUCUGCACUCAAACAGAAUUCAAAGCUCCUGGAUUCAGCUAUAAUGAAACAGGAGGAAAUAUGUACUGGAUGAUCGCCACAUGUCCUCCAAGCUAUCCCAACAAGGACAUUUUGAAUAAUUGUACUCAGAAUGUUUCCUUGACUUCAAACAGAGACGUGUCAUUUUACAGGCCAGUAACAUCGGCUGCUACCAAUGAAACUUACAAGAAUGUCUUCUGUGCUUUAUGUCACGGCGAAAAUAGAAAUGCUAUCAUCCGCUGGAAAAUGUUCGUCGAAACUGAUGUACAAAAGAGCAUCCUAGACGUAAGAGAGACGGAAGAAAAACUCUUCGAGUUGAUGGCGUCAAGCAACAUCGAUGUAGGUGUUGUCUUUUUGCCACCAGACUCAUUCAAAAACCACACCGAGACCUGCUUUACUGAUUACAUAUCCUCGUGCAAUGUAUCAGGUCUGUGGACCGCUUAUGAUCAGGUCACCAGAGAAGCAUGCGAAGACACCAAUUUGAUAUCCAUUUUUACAGAUUGUACUGACCUUUACAAGAACGUUUACUGUGCCAUCUGUAACCAGAGGGAUCCGUACCGUUCUCUGAGCUAUUACUGUCCAAAGACCAUCUCUCAAAUCAUCCAGAUUCCCAACGAUACUUCGGUAAUCCUGAGGUACUCUGGACCAAGUUCUCAACUCCUAGGUCAUAAACACGGUCCAAACUGUGGUUCAGGGGAGAUUUACGAUCCUAAGAAGAAAUCCUGUCUUCAGAUCAUCUGUGAGAGUGGUUUUGUACUCACUGGACCAAAGUGCCAACCUGUGGUAAACGAAGUUAGCGAGGCCACCUACAUAUUGAACAGCUUUUUCUGCUUUCACGGCGAAUUAUCUCGGAAAGUCGUAUUGAACCUAAUACAGUAUGACCUGGAACAUAUAUGUCAAACGUAUGAAGAAUUAACGGGCUUGCCGAUACUUACCAGUAAAUGGCCACACUGUGAAACAGUUUCAAUAUGGUACAAAGUGAUGCAUCGACAUCAGAUUCUCUCUAUGAUGGAACGAUUAUAUAAGAUACAUAGGACACGGCCCUUCCAUAGAGGGCUUGUAAACAAUCUAUACACAUCAAUUCAUCCCAAUUUUUCAAUAUUUAUCAAUGGUCCUGAAUUUGUUAACUCUAUAUCAUCUAUGCAUUACCCAAGUAAGAAGUGUCUGCAGUGUUCAAGAUCCCCCUCUCUGACUUUUGCUUUAGCUCCUUGGCAGACCUGUCCGAGAGUACUCGUUGAACGUUCCAGGAUGUACCUUUUACAUGAAACGCUCUCAUUCUGCUUCAACGAAUACGAUGCCUGUAUUAACAAUUCUUACGUAAGGGUUUCGGAUGAUGGCCAAUAUUUCGGAGUAUGUAUUGACCAGUACUUACAGGCCGUAAGGAGCACAUACACCGGUGUAACCUCUGAAGCAGACGGUCUUUACUCCUUCAUUGUCUGUAUACUUCUUGCUUUGCUAGCAUGCUUGUUUCACGUGAUAUCUACCGUGUUUCUAAACCAAAACUGGUCCUCUUUUGCUCUCUCUCAAAUGGGUCAGUCUCUGACUUAUUUCAUCAUGAAUUUCAUUAGAAUUCUGAUUCGACUAGUCUUUCUUGGUGAGCAGGUUUGUGGGGUUCUUGGAAUGAUCAUACAUUUUCUUUUUCUCUCUGUCUCCGUCUGGUCCAGCAUUGCCUGUAUUGAUCUGACACGCUCCAUCUUGACCUUAACAAAAUCUGGAAUUAGAGAACAACACAGACCAAUUCGAUUUGCUGCUUAUGCUGCCAUAAACCUUGCACUUUGUUGUCUUUUUGUUGUUUCCAAUACUUUUCCAAACCUCGAUGCAGACGAUUCUUUGCUUGGCUACUCGACUUCCGCUUGUGAAAUUUCCUCGUCCAUGAUGAAUGCGGUUACUCUUGGUUUGCCUGUCAGUAUUUCUCUCCUUGUUGACUUUGUGUCCUUCAUUUGGAUUUAUUUUAAAGUUGGUGGAAUUGUCACUUUUAUGCCCUGCCCAGAGCUGAAGUGGGUAAAAUCCUUUUUAGUCGUUGCCUUUUUGGUGUGGUUAUCCUGGCUUUUAGACUUGCUUGUGUCUGUGACUGGGGUCACAAUUUUCGAUUCUCUUCAUACAAUGACAAUAGGCUUGAUUGGAAUAUUCAUGUUUAUUUGCUACAGCCCGGCGUUUUCUGAUGAGUAGAUUACUGUAAUUACCAACACUGUAAUUUAUCAAGGAAU